AAAACAAACGUCAGCUACUUAAUUUCUCGCUUUCGCGUUACCGCCAGCCCAGCGCUGCCCGUCAGCCCCCGGGCAGGGGCGGCCGGGCGGGGGUUCCGCCGGCAGGCUCCGCUCGCCGCCGGUGAGGCCGCGGCCGCCCCGGUGACAUCACCGGAAAGGCGGGUCACCCCCGGCCAAUGGGCCGCCCGACGGCCGCGGAGAAGCGCGGAGGACCCGGAAGGUUUCGCAGUCGGAGCGUUGCUGCCCCGCGGAGAGACCCCGCUCCUGCCGCCGCCCGCCCCUGCGUGCCCGAUGGACUCGGUGGGAGUCGCUGCCGCCGCGCCCGAUGCCGGGCCGGGCCCCGCCUGGCAGAGCAAGUGUCCGUGGGGAGCCCCUAGCACAACAUCAAUAUCAUGUUCUCUUGCUGAUGUAAUGAGUGAACAGCUGGCAAAAGAAUUGCAGCUGGAAGAAGAAAAUGCUGCUUUUCCUGAAGUGGUUGCUGCUGCUGAAGGACCAUUUAUUACAGGAGAAAAUAUUGACACUUCCAGUGAUCUAAUGCUAGCUCAGAUGCUGCAGAUGGAGUUUGACAGGGAAUACGAUGCGCAGCUUCGGCGUGAAGAGAAGAAGAUCAAUGGAGAUAGCAAAGUCUCCAUAUCCUUUGAAAAUUAUCGGAAGGUGCAUCCCUAUGACAGUGACAGCUCAGAGGAUGAGGUUGAUUGGCAGGAUACCCGUCAUGAUCCAUACAGAGCAGAUAAACCUACUACUACACCAAGAAGGGGUUUCAUAGGAAAAGGAAAAGACAUUACUACGAAACAUGAUGAAGUGGUAUGUGGAAGAAAAAACACUGCUCGCAUGGAAAAUUUUGCACCUGAAUUCCAAGUUGGGGAUGGAAUUGGGAUGGACUUAAAGCUGUCAAAUCAAGUCUUCAACGCCUUAAAACAGCAUGCAUACUCUGAGGAACGUCGAAGUGCAAGGCUCCAUGAGAAGAAGGAGCACUCCACUGCUGAGAAAGCAGUGGAUCCGAAAACACGUUUACUUCUGUACAAGAUGGUCAAUUCUGGGAUGCUGGAGACCAUCACAGGCUGCAUCAGCACGGGAAAAGAAUCUGUUGUUUUUCAUGCCUAUGGAGGAAAUGCAACUGAAGAUAAAGUUAUUCCUCCAGAAUGUGCCAUCAAAGUGUUUAAAACAACUCUUAAUGAAUUCAAGAACCGUGACAAAUACAUUAAGGAUGACUACAGGUUUAAAGACCGCUUCAGUAAAUUGAAUCCACGAAAAAUUAUUCGUAUGUGGGCUGAGAAAGAAAUGCAUAACUUAACAAGAAUGCAAAAUGCGGGAAUUCCUUGUCCUCAAGUGGUUAUCCUUAAGAAACACGUCUUGGUUAUGUCUUUCAUUGGCCAGGAUCAAGUCCCAGCUCCUAAACUAAAGGAUGUAACUCUUAGUAGUGAAGAUAUGAAAAAGGCCUACUAUCAGAUUCUUAACAUGAUGCAGCAGUUGUAUAGGGAGUGCAACCUGGUCCAUGCAGAUCUGAGUGAAUACAACAUGCUUUGGCAUGAUGGGAAGGUCUGGCUCAUUGAUGUCAGUCAGUCUGUGGAGCCAACCCAUCCUCAUGGACUUGAGUUUUUGUUCAGAGACUGUAGGAAUGUUUCACAGUUCUUCCAGAAAGGAGGCGUGGCAGAAGCACUUAAUGAGCGUGAACUCUUCAACGCUGUCUCAGGUUUAAAUAUUACAGCUGACAAUGAAGUAGACUUCCAAGCAGAGAUUGAAGCUUUGGAGAAGAUGAAUGAAGAUCACGUGCAGAAUCAUGGAAAGAAACUGUCAACGUUUUCUAGUGAUGGAGACCCACCUAUAUAUGAUGAAUAGCACCGAGUUUGUAGCUGCUGACGAAACAAAACACAAAUUUACUGCUUCUAACUACGUUGGUGCAGUGGUAAAUGUCAACUGCCGAUGUCAAGAGAGUGGUUGGCUGGGAAUACCAAAAUGGAAAACACAGCAAGCAUAUGGUGAUGCCUCAGUGGUUUGCUUUCUUUUUUUUAACUUGUCCCACACAUCAGGCUGACACUGUGAGAAUGGACUGUCACUACCACUUUGAACAGACUGAUAACUUCACCAAUUGCCCAGUUACAUUAGACUAAUGUAGCUCAGAUGGUCAUAUUUUGCAUGAUUCAGAGCUUACAUAUCUUUUAGUCUAAAAAAAAAAAUUUAAAAUCAUCUAUAUUGUCCGAAGUAUCUAGUGGGAAAGCAUACUAGAAGAGUCCCUCUCUUUUUUUUUUUUCCUAAUGCAACUUGGAAAACUAAUGAAACAUUGUUUAUGGACACAAUGUUAUUCAUCCAUCUCCACCAGGGGCAAAAUGAAAAGGCAACUAUGCACUGCAAUCAUAUGAAAAUGUUAAUUUAGCAAAGUAAUAUAUUUAUAAAAGCUUGGACUUUGUAAUUUGAAGUACAUGGAAAACAUAUUUGAAAUCCAACCAGCAGAGGACUUGCUUGGUGACGUGCCAGGAAAUCCUGAGUCAACAAUGUAUAAUAAAGAGUCAGUUCAGGUAGCUUCACUCUUAAUGCACAAAUGGUUCCAAGAACUUGGUGCAAGCCAAAAACAAAACUAUAAUAACCCUGUCUCUACCUAGAAUAUCAGUUUGGAGCAUCAAAUGUUCUUACCCUAAAGAUAAUCACAGACAAAUCUGAGUAUUCUUUUUGCACCUGUAAGCAAAAAAAAAACUUUGUUUCGAAAUAAUGAUGACUGAUACUGGUUUCCACAGUCUAUUUAUUCUUAAUGUCAGUUGUUUUGUUUUGUUUUUUUUUUUUUUUCCCCAGCAGCUUCUAAAAAUCUACUGAUGUUUCUCUCCAAAAAACACAUUUAAAGAUGAACUGAUGUGGUGGGAUAGUUUGAAAUUAAGGAAUUCUAAUCAACUUCUUUUUAACUGAUUUCUAGUUUCUGAUGCUGCUCUUUAUCAAGCAGAACAUAGUGAUGCUACAUGUGACCUCACAAUGUGCUGUGAAAGUGACUUUUUAAUCUCUUUGUUGGAAAACUGGUGGUGAAGUAAAAAUUUAAGAUCUUGUGGUGGUA